AUGCCCUACCUCCUCUCUCGCUCGCCCCCUCCGCUCGUCAUCGAGGCGCGCGACUCACGUCUGCCCAUCACCAGCAUCAACCCUGUAUUCGAGGAGCUCCUUCGCAAGGCUCCCGCGGCCGAUGCGGGUUUCCACGAGGCGUCGGACGGCGACGGGAUAGGGCACGGUUGGGGCAGUCGCCGACUUGUCGUCUAUACCAAACGGGACCUCAUCGACCCUCGCCUAGAGGAGCCCAUAAUCCGGGCGUUUAGGAAGCACGGAGGCGGGCAGGAGGUCAUCUUUGUCGAUACACGCAAGGACAAGCACGUCAAAAAGGUCCUCGAGUGGGUGCAGGAGCGUGCCCGCCACCUCGCCGCCUCGCCGCUCUCGGCAGCCGCCCCGCGCUCAGAGAGGGCAGAGAAGCGCGCAAAGGCCACGCUCUCGGGCGCCUUCAGGCACACUCCGACGCCAGAGGAGGGCGUGCGCCUCCUCAUUCUCGGCAUGCCCAACGUAGGCAAGAGCUCCCUCCUCAAUGCGCUCCGAAGGGUGGGCACAGGCAAGGGCAAGGCGGCCAGUACCGCGCCGCAUCCCGGCCAUACCCGCAAGCUGACGGGUACCGUGCGGAUCUCCAAGCAUGGACCGACGCAGACCAGCGACCGGAGAGGCGAUCGCAGGUCGGGCGCCAAGCACCGCGGCCGCGAGGGCGACGCCGACGGGGACGCGCCUGACGCCCGAGAGCACGGUGGCAACGCCAGCCUGUUCACGAUUGACCCCGACUCAUCUGCACUCGGCGCCGCGUCGACCUCCAGCGCAGGGCCUAGCGAUGCCGUCGAAACCAGCAAGAAGCCGUACGACCCUCCCAUCUACGUCUACGACACGCCCGGCGUCAUGGUGCCUUUCCUCGGCCGCGGCCGGGCCGGAGCCGAGCGCGCAAUCAAGCUGGCGCUGGCGGCGGGCAUCAAGACGUCGCUGUUCGAUGUGCAGAUGCUGGCCGACUAUCUCCUCUACCGCCUCAACCUGCGUUAUGGCUACGAGCUUCAGCAACGCGAGCUGGAACACGCAUCCGAGACGGCGGCGGCAGCGCCCCGGCCGGCCUACCUGACACACAUGCCGUUGCCGCCCGACGGCGCCGAGCCAACCAACUCGGUGGCCGACUUCCUCGAACUCGUCGCCGAGCGCGCUCCUGGUACCAUGACGCGCGGCGGUACGCGUGACCUCGACGGUGCGGCCGAAUUUUUCGUGCAGCGCUGGCGCGAAGGCAAGGUGGGCGACAGCAUGGGCGAGUUGGACCUGGGCAUCGGGGAGCUGCCCCCAGUCUACGUCGACGAAGAUGAAGUCGGAGUCGAAGGGCCGCCGAAGCGCCGGGAGUCUUUCGAUGAGGAAGCUGAAACGGAUUCCGUUCACCUCGACAAAGCGACGCCGGAGGAAUCGAUCGAGGCGCGGAUCGAUCGGCUGGUGGCGGCACACUUCCUCGAAGUGGAACGCGACAUGCUGCAGCGCGAUCGCGGGCGGCGCGGGAGGCAUGCCGAGGACUCGCACGGGCACAGCAUAUCUUCGGCGCUCGUCUCGCGCAGCGGCAUACCGGUGCGGCGGGAGAGCUCAGCGGUGCGGUCGCGCACUGCGGCGCUGGAGAAGGGCACCAGCAUGAACCAGGCCAAGAAGCAGCUCAAGCGAGAGGACCACCAGUUGCGGAUGCAGCGGCUGCGGGAAAGGGGAGUGGCGCUCAAGAGGAAGAGCGGCGCCUCGAGCCUGGCGGCCAAGGCGCCCUGGAUCGGAGGGCGGCUGCAGCGCAAGUCGAGCAAGGGCAAGAGAUCUUCGGGACGCUAG